GGAAGAGUGCUGUACUCGUUUAGUCGUGUCAACUGUCAGGUCUUGGUUCUUGGUUGUAUUGGUCAUUUUGGCGCAGUCUGUGGGUACAGUGAGAGUACUGUCAGUACAACUACAGCGUAGAGUCCUUGGUACGGUCAUCCGAAACUGCUGUUCUUGGGAGAAAACUUUCAGGCUACUCAUACUACUCCACAGCAGAAGAGAGGAAUGAGUUUCGCUCUGACUAAGGAUGCCCUGGAGGACUUCCAGAAGGCCUUCGACAAGGAUCCGAAGAACAGGCUAGCACAGAAUGUCUGUACCAAGGUGGAUCUCAAGGAUGUCCUGGUCUCCUGUGCAGGUGCUAGGAACACAGCUCAUGUGUUCAGUCACAAGGUGGACCCAGAGGGCAAGCCAGGUACAAACCAGAAAAGCAGUGGCAUUUGUUGGCUUUUUGCCUACCUGAACGCUACCCGUAUACCUAUGAUGCGCCAUUACGAGUUGGAAGAAUUCGAAUUCAGUCAGUCAUAUCUCUUCUUCUGGGACAAAGUUGAAAGAUGCAACUUUUUCCUCAACAACAUGGUUACAACUGCUCGAAAGGGAGAACCCGUGGAUGGCCGUCUCGUGUCGUUUCUGCUGUAUAAUCCCACAGAAGAUGGGGGCCAGUGGCAUAUGCUGUGCAACAUUGUCAAGAAGUACGGCCUUGUGCCAAAGAAGAACUUCCCGGAGAGUUUCUGCUCUGAAAGUACAAUGCAGAUGAAUGCCACCUUGAAGAGUAAACUGCGGGAGUAUGCAAGAGACCUGAGGCAGAUGGUGGAGAGCGGUGCUUCAGAUGGAGACAUAGCAGUACGGAUCAAAGGCAUGACGGAAACCUGUUACCGUAUAGUGUCAAUCUGCCUGGGUUCCCCACCUUCCACUUUUACGUGGGAGUACUACAACAAGAACAAGACCUACUGCAAAGUGGGCCCCAUCACACCUGUCGAGUUCUACGAGAAGUACGUUAAGCAACAUUUUAACGUAGAUGAUAAGAUCUGUUUGGUGAACGACCCUCGGCCUACGUGCCCUUACGAAAACACGUACACGGUGGAGUACCUGGGAAAUAUGGUUGGUGGACAAGAAGUCCUCUACGUCAAUCAACCAAUCGAGGUGCUCAUGCAGGCCGUCGUAGACUCUAUAAAAGAAAAUGAGGCUGUUUGGUUUGGUUGCCAAAUUCAGAAGCGGUUUGACAGGAAGCGUGGUAUACAAGACCUCACUUUGCAUGAGUAUGACUUAAUGUUUGGGACCAGUGUUACUCUUGGCCUGAGUAAAGCAGAGAGACUUCUCUAUGGAGAGUCAAUGAUGUCCCACGCUAUGGUCUUCACUGGGGUUUCACUUGACGAUGACAACAAUCCCGUGAAGUUCCGUGUGGAAAACUCUUGGGGGGAUGAUAUCGGUAACAAGGGGUACCUUGCCAUGACCCAGGAGUGGUUCAAGGAGUUCACGUUUGAAGUUGUAGUCGACAAGAAAUUCGUCUCGCCCGGUGUGCUCUCUGUCGCCAAUAAGGACCCAAAAGUGCUUCCUGCAUGGGACCCUAUGGGUGCUCUUGCGGCAUGACUCUGUUGAGCAAGCUGUGAACUCGAGAUCUGUUCUCCACAGGUCGUUUGGCUCCUCCCCUUGUGCUCCUAAAGGAUUUCUAGUUGCUGAACUACGAUUACGUUUGUGUGAACGUCUCCGUACAGCACGCUUUGUCUAUCGGACCUUAUUCUGUGCGUGUAUGAGAACGUGGUUGAGCUUGGGAGUGUAUGCGACCUGCAUGUGUUACGAUUAUUUCAACACGUUCUGGCAAAAAGAAAAGAAAAAAAUGACCGAGGAAUCUCAUGUUGCACCUUUUCAUCUUCUGGUGCAAUUAUUAAGCACUAGUCUAUUCUGGCUACACUCUCAAAUUUUUUACUCCUGCAUUUAACAAACUGUAGUGUGCGUUCAGCAUCCUGAAAGGCUACGUGAUCAAUGCAUAAAGGCUGGCCAGGGCUGGAGACCAGCAGCAUCUUGCUUUUCAUUAGGCUGAAAACUAACCAUGCAGGUAUGCAGAUGGUUACAUGCAGUGUCAAUAUACUGGACACUGGGCAUACAUGGGUUUUCCUGAAUAAACUGGAGCGAGCUUCUAA